AUGACCCUGUCCGAGAAACAAAUAUCGGCCAUCUCGGUCACCGAGCGUGUCUGCUCGACCAUCUCUUUGAUUGGAACGUUCGUUAUAGUGGCUACUUUCAUCGGCUCGUCUGCAUUCCGCAAACCGAUCAAUCGCCUGGUGUUCUAUGCGUCGUGGGGUAACAUGAUGGCUAAUAUAGCCACUAUCAUAUCGGCGAACGGGAUUCACCAAGGAGUCGACAACUCGCUGUGUCAAUUCCAGGGUUUUUUGAUUCAAUGGUUCAUGCCCGCCGACGCUCUGUGGACCUUUGCAAUGGCGUGCAACGUGUACCUCACAUUCUUCCACAAAUAUAACUCCGAGCAGUUACGCAAACUGGAAUGGAAAUAUGUUCUCUGCUGCUAUGGCGUUCCGUUUAUCCCCGCUUUUGCCUUCUUCUUCAUUCAGACCCAAGCACGAGGUCGGAUCUAUGGCUCCGCGAUUCUUUGGUGCUGGGUCUCCAUCAAAUGGGAUUUCCUCCGCAUUGCCACUUUCUAUGGCCCAGUCUGGCUAAUCGUUUCGUUGACCUUCGCCAUCUACCUACGCGCAGGAGCAGUGAUCUAUCAAAAGCGUCGCCAGCUUCGAGAACUCGGCGGCAUUGACUCGCUUGACGUGGAUAUUCCCGAAUCCCCAUUUGUCAUGUUGACAGGUAUUCAAGUCACAAGGGAGAUUGCUUGCUCGGCCCCCGAGCGUCGGUCUCUGUCGGCCGAUGGCGCUCGCGGUUUGCCUUCCCCGGCGUUCAGAUCGUACACGGUGACCAUUGAAGGCGGCAGUCAGCGGAGUGAGCUCCAGCGGCCCAGCUCUCAAAUCCCAUCAAGCUCGUUCCAGAAAGAAAGUGCCGGCAAGGCAAGAUCCGACGUGGUGGAUUCUCAGCGAAGAGCAACCACGGAGACGAAUUCGGCCACUUGGGCAUACUAUAAGUAUGCUAUGCUUUUUUUCAUUGCUUUGCUUGUGACCUGGGUCCCGUCGACAAUCAACAGGGUGUACUCCCUCGCUCGUCCUAAUGACUUUAACUUCAACCUCAAUUAUGCCUCAAGCUUUGUGCUUCCUCUGCAGGGUUUUUGGAAUAGCCUUAUCUACGUCUCUAUCUCAUGGCCUGCCUUCAAAGCACUGGGGUCUGACAUUCGUAAGCGCUUGCGCUCAUGGCAUAUUCCCUAUUCGACAAGGCAGUUGCAGCCUAUACACCACCGGAAAACCUCUCAGACAUCAUUGACGCCUCAUUUAUUGCAAGCAGAUAACGAAGAAAACAGGCGUAGGAGCUGGCCCGGGUAG